AUGCGUAAACGCUUCUUUGGAAGUAUAAUCUCACCCUCAACAACAACAACAACAAAAGUUCAAUCAAAAACUGAAAGAAAUAAUAAAUGUUCUACUUCACCUCUAUCAUCAUCAAAAUCAAUAAUAACACGUUCAAAAAGUUGUCAGUCUACUUGUAGAUUAAAACCUGUGCUUAAAAAUAGUAACAGUAACAAACCUAUUGUUGACAGAUGCUGGUGGAUCGAAUCAGAAAGUGAUAUUCCUUGUAUUGUUGAUGAUGAAAACAAUUUAAAUGGAUUAAUUCAACAAAGACCACAUUCUGCUAUGAUGAAUGAAAAAUGGCGUUUGGCAAACAAUAACAACAAAUUAAGUUCUCGAAUGACUUUUUCUGGAAGAUCAGAAGACGUGUUGAUGAGUACAAUUGGAAGUCGAUCAAAUGCAAGUACUACUGGAACACUCAACUCUUUUUUGUUGGUAAGGGAUUUUUUAAUAAUAAAUAUAUCAGGUGCCACGGGUUGA